AUGUUUACAAUUGCAGGUCUAUUGAGGUAUAAGAGAUUGUUUGGUGCAUUGUUGACUCUGUCAUUGGUACUCACAAUUGUGAUGUUACUAAAUGAGAUAAAGGACACUGGAACAUCAAGUGAUCAUUCAUCAUCAACGACAACCAUUCACCAUUUAUCUCAAACACCAUCAUCAGCUCCUCAUCUAAACAAAACAUUACAAGAGACAACAAGUGAACCUCCUUCUCCACCUCCAUCCACAUCCACCUCCACCUCCACCUCCACCUCAACCUCCAAUAUUGAAGUUGAGACUACAACGAGCACCACCUCAGGUACUACUGGACAAUCGACUGAAGUCGACAAUCAAUCACAACAACAAACUGAUGUUGAUGUUGUUGUAACAAACUCAGACUCUUCCUCAAACUCAAAUGAUACCUCCAAUGUUGUGGACUCCCAUGAAGACCUCAUUGAUGACAGUGUCAUAUCCCAAGUUGUCAAUGAUGGCAGUAACAGCAACAACAGCAGCACUACCAACUCCACCGAUAACCCUACCCAGGCUGAUCCAAUUGUAAAGCCUGUCGUACCAAAGGUUGAUGAUGAUUCAAUCAAUAGUCAAUCAGACUCCAACAACACUCAGCACACCAGCACAAGCACAGAGAGUCCGAUUGAUACGAGCAUUGGGUCAGAUAAUCAUGUUGAUAACAUUACUCAAUCAAACUCAAGCUCCGAGCAUCAAGUCACCAUUCCCACUGGAUCAGACUCACAAGUUGAAGGUAGUGCCAUACCCCAAUCAAACUCAAGUUCGGAGCAUCAUGGCGACAACAAUGGCGAAGAAUCAGAGUCUCGAGUUGAAGUCACAGAAGAGCCUCAGAUGGUUGUGGACGACCCAUUACCCAUCAGUGAAGGUAGUGCCAUACCUCAACAAAACUCAAGUUCGGAGCAUCAUGGCGACAACAAUGGCGAAGAUUCCUAUGUUGAAGUCACUGACGAACCUCAGAUGGUUGUGGACGACUCAGGACACAGCGGCAGUGAGCAUCAAGACGACGCUCCUGUUACAACUGCACCUGUCAAACAGCAUGAUGAUCCAUUUCUAUUCAUAUUCAUGACGACUGAGUGGCAGGAAGAGUCAUUUAGAGCAGGCAAAUAUUCUUGUGGACAGGAUCAUACUGUGAUCGAGAUGACAUACGAUCAGUCACGCUUUGAUGAUGCAAAUGGAUUGUUUUACUUUGGUCCCGAACUACCAUACAGCGAAGAUUACUUCCCCUGGCUACUACUGCCGUCCUACGAGAGGAUGGUCACAGUGUUGUAUACUCUCGAGUCACCCGCACAUACACUUGGCCGAUGUUACAGCAACCCUUAUUGCAUCGAGUACUUCAACUGGACCAUUGGAUACAUGCCACCAUACAAUGACAUACUCGAGUCAUACCUGGAUCGCCACUCUCAAUAUGACCGGUUCAUGGAACGCGAGCGCGAGUCGCCCUUUGACUUUAACGCCACGCUGGCGCUGAAGGAGCCGGGCUUGGUGGCGUCGUGGUUCAACAGCUUCUGCUCGUCGAUCGUCGACGGCUCGGUGGAGAGCGAGCGCGUGAAGUUCAUGCGCCGCGUCAUGGAAAAGAUGCAGGUCGAUAGCUAUGGCGAGUGCCUCCACAACAUCGACCCGCCCGAGGGUGGCGGCAGGCACGACCCGAUCUUUAUGGACAUCAAACUGAACACGAUCAAGCGGUACAAGUUCUACUUUGCAUUGGAGAAUAGCAACUGCCCGUAUUACAUCACGGAGAAGGUGAUACAAUGUUUGUUGUAUGGUGUCGUACCUGUGUACAUGGGCCACGAGACAACACUUCAGUACUUGCCACCUGGAUCAUAUAUCUAUGUGCCAGACUUUGCAACGACACAGGAUUUAGUCGAUCGAUUGCUGUACCUUGAUGAACAUGAUGAAGAGUAUCACAAAUAUUUUGCGUGGCGCGAGGACAAGGCUGUGUUGGACAAGUGGGCCGAGGCAUUCCACGAGAACGACAUAAUAUGUGAUCUCUACAAACUAUACCUGGACUUUUACAACAACAUGGAUACCUUUCCAAGGAAGCGCUCCUUGGUUGAUCCAGAUAUGACCUAUUGUCCAGACCUUUUUCCAUCAAUUAUCUAA